CCCGAGGCGGCUUCAUUCUAAAAAAAGGGAGCCGGGAGGACCGCGAGCCACCUUUGAAUUCACACCUAAUCACCAUUGGGCUAUAAUGCUGCGCGUGAGGUGUCUGCGAGGAGGCAGCAGAGGGGCAGAGGCGGCCCAUCUGAUCGGAGCAGUGGUGGGCCGUGCAGCGACCGGUUGGGUGCAGCGGGCCUUCCAGAGCACCUCCAGUGCAGCAGCUGCUCAAACACAGCCGACGGUUGAAGACGACCAUGUUACUGACCCCGCGCAGCAGGAGUGUCCUGUUAGCAGUUACAAUGAAUGGGACCCUCUGGAGGAGGUCAUCGUGGGCCGUGCCGAAAAUGCCCGUGUGCCUCCCUUCACUGUGGAAGUGAAAGCCAACACGUACGAUAAGUACUGGUCCUUCUAUCAGAAGUACGGGGGCCAACCUUUUCCUGCGGACCACUUGAAAAAAGCUGUUUCUGAGAUUGACGAAAUGUGCAAUAUUCUGCGUCACGAGGGUGUGAAUGUGAGGAGGCCGGAGCGUGUUGAUUGGUCCUUGGAAUACAAAACUCCUGACUUCCAAUCAUCAGGCAUGUAUGCCGCCAUGCCCCGAGAUAUCCUGAUGGUGGUGGGCAACGAGAUCAUCGAGGCUCCGAUGGCAUGGAGGGCUCGCUUCUUCGAGUACCGAGCGUACCGACCCUUGAUCAAGGAGUAUUUCAGAAAAGGUGCUAAAUGGACCACCGCUCCCAAGCCCACGAUGGCCGAUGAGCUGUACGAUCAGGACUACCCCAUCCGCACAGUGGAAGACAGACACAAGCUGGCCGCUCAGGGCAAAUUCGUGACCACGGAGCACGAGCCCUGCUUCGACGCCGCCGAUUUCAUUCGUGCCGGCAAGGACCUCUUUGUCCAGAGAAGUCAGGUUACCAACUACAUGGGAAUCAAGUGGAUGCGCCGUCACCUGGCCCCAGACUACAAAAUCCACAUCAUCUCAUUCAAAGACCCGAACCCCAUGCACAUUGACGCCACCUUCAACAUCAUCGGACCGGGCCUCGUGCUGUCGAACCCUGAUCGGCCGUGUCGCCAGAUUGACAUGUUCAAGAAAGCAGGCUGGACUGUGGUGAAACCUCCAACACCUCUGAUUCCCGAUGAUCACCCCCUCUGGAUGUCCUCCAAAUGGUUGUCCAUGAAUGUUUUGAUGCUGGAUGAGAAGCGUGUCAUGGUCGACGCCAAUGAAUCCACCAUUCAUAAAAUGUUUGAGGACCUCGGUAUAAAGACCAUAAAGGUGAACAUUCGCCAUGCCAACUCGCUGGGUGGCGGCUUCCACUGCUGGACUACUGACGUCCGCCGGCGUGGCGCGCUGCAGUCCUACUUUCACUAGACAUGCCGGCAAUGAGCCCAAAUGUUUUUAUUGAGCUUGAAAAGAUUAGAGCCUCCGUUUGGAAUUUGAAUUCAACUGGGGAUUUUCAAUCUAUUAUCACCUAGUGCGUCUCUAACUAAGUUUAACACGACAAUUCACAAGUGAAACUAGUGAACAUGAUGUUCUUUAAACGUGUAUUAACAAAUACACAAAUCCAUUGAUUAGUCCUAUCAGUUGGCAUCAAGUCCUUUUCCGGAUUGGGCAUUUAUGUCCUGAAUGAAUAUGAAUGUAUUGUUUUGAUUUGACAUCGCUGUGCAUUACAGUGCCUUUGCUUUGUUUUGCGAGACAGUGAACCCCCGCUUAUUUGAACGUAUCUCCUAUUUGUUCAAAAAACAACAACAAAAAGUCUCGUCUACGUACAUUAUUGACUUGGCUCCAUCUUGGGGCCAAGGAACUCUGUUGAAGUGAAGGGAGGAGCUUCAUUCACUCAGCCUUGUCUAAUUGAAAUGAAGUCCUUUUCGGUGGGCGUCAAAGACUCGCAAAUACCGGGGCUUGACUGUAUACUAAUCGGCCACUUUAUUAGUUACACUCUGUGACAUCAUGCAACGGCUCUGCUAUACAUUUAUUAUUAUUGUUAUUAUUUGAUUUUGUAAGUUUCCGGUGUUGUCAGAAAGAUAUGAAUUUGAAAUGUUAAUUAUGGGGGAUGUUUUCUGUGGCCUCGAUAAAAGGCGUCGCGACAUCAGAAAUCACGGGAAAGUUGUUGCCUUGCACUGUACAAGUGUACUUAAUAAACUGUCCACGUCACUCUCCGUCAUUCUACAUCUCAAUAUUAACUGCAUUUCUGGCCUGGCUGUUGUAUUUGGCUUCGACAUCUUCAAGUCAACGUGCGGACAAGGAACAGUUUGUUCAGAGAACACAGAAACAACACUUCUGUCAUUUUCCAAAGUUGUUUUUUUCUUUUUAUAUUGAAAGAAAUGUAUUAAAGUUGUUAUGUAGGUCAUGAAACAUGAUGAAUUUCUUUUCAUUGGAACGUGAUUUUGUAAAGAUUUUAAUUGAUUAGACAACGUUCUAUUGAUAGAUGUUAUUUUUCUCUUUAUUGGAUUUCCCACCAAUUCCUGUUUUUAUAUCUUUACAGUCCAUAUCAGAUAUUGUAUACCUUUUACCUCUGCCGUUCUCUCGUCGCAAAACUGGGCCAGUUACAUGCUGCAAGUCAUUCUCACUGAACCGCUUGGCUGUUUUUGUUUGCGCAGCAGAGAUGCCUUCAGGAUGAAGAAAGAAAUGUGUUUGUUUGGUAAUUCCUUUGUUGCGUUCACAGUAGGAUACAGUCAGGGUGUUUCGUAUGCGCCUGCGUGUUUACCUCCUGAAGUCUGCUGCGACUGGAGGGCAGCGAUGAGGAAAGCAAGUGCUUCAUAAAUGGAAUUAAAAGGAUGUGUCUAUCAA